AAGGUUUAUUGUUGGUAGGAUGAUCUCAUCGUUUGGAAUCAGUCUGGAGGAGAAGCGAGAGCGAACGCUACGUCGCCGUCGUGGAGUGAAAGAAUCUGCAGAACUGCAACUGACACCGACGGGAUCAAAAACGCCGUUUUUAGAGAAAGAAAUAUCACAAUAUGGUGUGGUCCACGGAGGGAGAGACGGAGCGUCCUCCCCUGUCCAUCAUCCUGCCAAGGCUCUACCUGGGAGCAGAGAGCGACGUGACGCAGGAUGGACUGGCCUCUCUGGGGAUCUCCUACGUGCUGAGCGUGAGCCGCUGCAGCCCCCGACCUUCCUUCCUGCCCUGCUCCAGAUACCUGCGCAUCCCCAUCGAUGACUCCCUGCGGGAUGACCUGCUGCCCUGGAUCCCUCAGGCUCUACGUUUCAUCGACGCGGCCAUGUCUUCCGGCGCCUCGGUGCUGGUUCACUGUGCGGCCGGAAUCUCUCGCUCUCCGGCCCUGGCCGUCGCCUACAUCAUGUACAGCUCGGGAAUGGAUCUGGACCACGCGUACAGGUUUGUGAAAGAGCGCCGACCCUCCAUUUCGCCCAAUUUCAACUUCCUGGGUCAAUUGCAGCACUUCCAGGGCACCCUGCGCCGGCAGGCUCCCAGUGACAACUUCGGCCUCCCGUCCGCGGACGCCGGUAACGAUCGCGGCGCCGCCGUUCCCAACAUGAACGAUCGGGCCGGCGGCAAGAGUGACGGAUGGGCGGAAGAGAUGCAAAGCUGCCGAGAGAAUUUCCGUCGGCAGAGACAUUCGAAUCCAGACGCAAAUGGGAACCGGCAGAUUUCCUCGUCGGCGAAACGGUGGACUCACAAUAACAACCGGCGGGAAAUCCAGACACCCCGGAGGCUGCCCGAUCCGAGUCCCUGCGUUUUGAUUAAAGCGGCUCCAAAGCCCGCAUCGCACCUAGCGGAGGUCUCUGCUUCUCUCUCGGAGAGGCGCAAAAGCCUCAGCCUCUCCUUGACCCCCUUGGGGACGGGCCCUCCCUCGGCGACGUGCGACGGCACGCGAGCCGACAGUCCCGAUUUGCCCGGGGGGGUCCACGAGGAGGAAGCGGCGGCGGCAAAGGCCUUGGGGAGGCAUGCGGGGGAGAUGUGGGAGAAGCGAAGUCCUUCGCCGGAAAACCAGCACACCUCGCAGGCGAAGGAGCGGGGCCUGCUUUCGCCGCUCAGCUGCACGCUCAACAAACUGCUGGACUGGGGGGAGAGAGUGCUGCUCGGCGGGGUUUUUGCCCACCCCGUCAAGAUGGGCCAACCUGCUUUGCCGUACAGGUGCUGAGCGCAUCUCACGUGCAUGUUUCUCCAGAGGAAUGACGCCGUAUGUGAGGUACACCAGCGGUCUGCAGCUCCAUGCGUAUUGAUUAUUUAUUGCGGGAAUGAGAGAUUGACGCUUUUGGCCCGCUCGUCUUGUCGUUUGUAAGAUGCCGUCAUUUUUAAGUCAUUGUCGCUUUGUCCUGAAUUGCACACUAUUGACUGAUUAAAGAGUGAAUUUCAACCA